UUUACAGUUUUCUGACAGACGACACAUUUCAGUCGGUUCGAUUAACAUUCGUAAGCAAUUCCAUACCCAUAACAAUCAGUUUUGUUUGUUUAGUAAUUGAUUCAGAACGAAAACUGUCUGCACGAGAGAACUAGAGAGCCAUGGCCAGCAUCACAUUCAAGGGUCGUCCGACUGUUGUAUUGCGCACCUAUCAGGUGCUACGCAUUGGCAACAAUGUCCAUGAUAAUAAGCUGGACUUUUGUUUAGAUGAUAAGAUGCUCCACACUGAUCCAAAGACUGUGGCUAAGCUGCACGCAACAUUGACACGGAGCGAGACGGGCCUGUUCCUGGUCAACGAGAGUCGCAAUGGUACUGUCAGUGUGAAUGGUCAACGUUUUAGCGGUCCGGUUUUGAUCACCUAUCGUGACGCAAUUAAUGGCAUUGUCAAGUUACGUUUUGGUCGCGUCGAGGCCUUCCUACGCGUCUCCGGCAGCCUGGGGGGCUAAACUGGGGGCGUUGCCGUAUAUGGACGGUCGUCCCCAUUGUUUACAUUGGACAAACAGUUCGAGGUUCACUGUUUUUCAAGUUAAAAUUUAUGUUUCACUACGUAUUAAAUGUAUGUUUCACGAAUUACAUAAACCAUCAAGUUGUUUACCCAUAA